GCGUUUGUUUCCCUCUGUGUACAGCAGUGUGCAGAAGUGUUGAUUGGCGGUGCGCAGGCGCGCUUGAGCUCAGCUGUGAUCUGUGGAAAGUUGAGCAUUGGAGGAGGCGCGCGGUCUCCAGCAGUGGCUGAUCGGAUGUUCCUGAAGUUCAGCACAUCAGCUGUUGCUCUGUAUGUGAUGGUGCCCUGAUAUCAGUCCGGUCUGGCCCUGGUCAGCCCGCUUCGGUCCGGGUCAGAUCAGCCUCUCUCACCGGCAGCAUGGCAUUCGGAGUUCAGCUCGCGCUCUCGGCUCUCCGCGUCGUGCUGAUGCUCGCGGUCUGCUCCGGUGACAGUCUGUCUAACGAAGCAAAUCCAACCAAUCAACUGGGGCCUUUUGAUAAAGUGGAACACUAUGGAUCUACAGAACCGUGGCUUCUCAUUGGUGGACAGAAAAGACCAAUCAGCCUUUUGCAAUCAAUGGGACAUCCUGCAUCACUAAGGCUCCAGAUUAAGGCAGAAGGCAAACAGCUGCUGCUCAUUCUGCAGAAAAAUGAGGGGCUUUUUGCCAGUCAUUACACAGAAACACACUACCUGGAUGGAGGGAAGCCCAUCACCACAUCACCCAGCUCCAGAGUGAACUGUUACUACCAUGGAGAGGUGAAGGGCUAUCCACAUUCCGACGUCAUCCUCAGCACCUGCACUGGAAUCAGAGGACUGAUCACACUGAAAGAUAAAGUGUUGGUGCUGGAGCCAGCACAGAAGCCCAACAGCACCCUGCAUCAUAUCUUUAGAGGAGAGCAUCUCACCCUGCAGCAGGGGACAUGCGGACACGGACACAACGUCUCCCACACUGCAGGACUCUUCGACGCUACCGGGAGCUUCUUCAGCUCGCAUGGCAACAGGUACAAGAGACAAGCCCAGAGCAGCACUAAAUACGUUGAACUGAUCAUUGUAGCAGACAACCGAGAGUAUCAGAAACAGGGCAAGGAUGUGGAGAAAGUGAAACAGAGGCUGGCUGAGAUCGCCAAUUAUGUGGACAAGUUCUACAGAGCACUGAAUAUCCGUGUGGCCCUGGUUGGCUUGGAGGUGUGGAGUGACUCAGACAAAUGCCCUGUCUCUCAGGACCCGUUCACCACACUGCAUGAAUUCCUGGACUGGAGGAAACUCAAGCUUUUACCACAGAGACCACAUGACAAUGCCCAGCUUAUCAGUGGGGUGUAUUUUCAGGGCACCACCAUUGGCAUGGCUCCUAUCAUGAGCAUGUGUACAGCCGAGCAGUCAGGGGGCAUCGUCAUGGACCACUCUGAUAACCCCCUUGGAGCUGCAGUUACUUUGGCUCAUGAGCUCGGACACAACUUUGGAAUGAACCAUGACACACCGGAGCGGGGGUGUGGGUGCAGGGUGACAGCAGAUCGAGGCGGCUGCAUCAUGACUCCUUCAACCGGAUACCCCUUCCCCACUGUGUUUAGUUCAUGCAGUAAGAAGGACCUUUUGGUGAGUUUGGAUAAGGGAGUGGGGAUGUGCCUCUUCAACAUGCCUGAGAUGAAGGUGCUCUACGGAGGGCAGAAGUGUGGAAACGGAUACGUAGAAGAGGGGGAGGAGUGUGACUGUGGAGAUCUCGAGGAAUGUAUGAAUCCAUGCUGCAAUGCCAGUACAUGCACUCUGAAGUUGAAUGCAGUGUGUGCACAUGGCCAGUGUUGUGAAGACUGUCAGCUGAAGACUGCAGGUACACUGUGCCGCGAGCCCGCUAACUCAUGCGAUCUGCCAGAGUUCUGCACAGGUUCUGACCCACACUGUCCUGCUAACGUCUACCUGCACGACGGUCACAUGUGUCACGGUGUGGAUGGACACUGCUACAAUGGCAUCUGCCAAACCCAUGAACAACAAUGCAUCACGCUCUGGGGUCAGGGUGCAAAGCCAGCUCCAGGCAUCUGUUUCGAGAGGGUGAACUCAGCAGGAGACCCAUAUGGCAACUGUGGAAAAGACUCCAAGGGCUCAUUCGCAAAAUGUGAAGCACAAGAUGCUAAAUGUGGGAAGAUCCAGUGCCAGGGUGGGGCGAAUCGGCCAGUAAUCGGAACCAAUGCGGUCUCCAUAGAGACCAACAUCCCACUGCCGGAAGGUGGGCGUAUCCUGUGCCGGGGGACUCACGUGUAUCUGGGUGAUGACAUGCCAGACCCAGGGCUGGUACUGACUGGAACCAAGUGUGGGAACAACAUGAUGUGUCUGAAUCGGCAAUGUCAAAACAUCAGCGUCUUUGGUGUCCAUGAGUGUGCAGCCAAAUGCAGCGGACGUGGGGUGUGUAAUAAUAAAAAGAAUUGUCACUGUGAGGCACACUGGGCUCCACCUUUCUGUGAUAAAGCUGGAUUUGGAGGCAGCGUGGACAGCGGACCAGUGAGACAAGCAGAUGAUGACAGUAUAAAAGUGGGCAUCGUGGUAGCGUUCCUGUGUUUGCUCUGCGUGGCUAUGAUUGUCUGUGUUAAGAGGAAGACUCUGGUCAGCCUCUUCAUCAAUAACAAGAAAAACAACAUUGAGAAGCUGAGGUCAGUUGGACCAAGCAGGCUGAUCGUUCAAGAGCACACAAUUUCAGCCCCGGAGACACAAACACACACCACAUGCAGAGCAUCGCCUCAUUGUCAAGCUCCAGCCAUACCACAAAGUGCCAGCAUAUACAAGCCCCAGUGUUCUCUCCCGGUGUUGAAUGCUGUUGUCACUUCUCACACUCUUCGUGCUCUGCCCCAGUGUCCUCCACUCCACCUGAGCCCACUGUUACCAUUGCCCUUUGCCCCACCCACCCACCGUGCCCCUCCACCUCCCCUGCCACACACCCCCUCACCCCGCCACAGAGCCCCUCCAGCACCACACACACACUCCCACCUCCACAGUCCAGCACGAGGAGCCUCCAUCCUCACCUUAAGCUGCCAGAACACCUGCAGGAUGGCCAUGGAGAUGGAGAAGCCCAGCCCGCCUCAGAAGCCUUUGCCCGCUGACCCGUUAGGACGGAGCUCUCAGCUGGGACGGAGCCCACUAGCAACACAUCUUCCAGCUCCUGGCUCUAGACCGCCCAUCAUACUGCCUCACAGACCACCUCCUAAGCAGCCCCCCACGCUGCCAAAGCAUCAGUUCUUCACAGGAAUGAAGAAGCCCUGUAGCUGAGACAGAAGUCUGUGAGACCUGCAGUUCAAUCUGUUUUGCACUAUGAAACUCUGCUGGUCCUCAUGAACAGUGUGUCACGCUCGUGACGGCUUGACGGUUCGAUCCCUCGGUGCUACGCCUCCCUCCUUCUCCGGUGCUACGAAUCAACCCUCAGGUACACAUCGUACAUUAUUUAUGUUCAUCAAAAGUAUUUAUUUCUUCGUUGUUUUCGACAUUCUCUGUAGAGUUUUGCCCUGAUUUUGAUUGGAACUGCGAAUACUAUGAGUCGAAUACUAGCGUGUGGAGGGAGGCCUUAAAGAGAUAUACUCUACCCUGUGAAAAUAAAUUGAAGACUGUAAUGUUGGUGCUUUUUAUGCUUAAAAACUGGAAAAGGGGGGUGAUAUUUAGAAGGGAAUAGGUUGUCAGACUCAUCUCAGACUGCCAUAUUGGGAAGGUUGUCUAUAAGUUUACCAUACACUUAGAGGGGACUCUUGCUCAUAUAGACACACCUAUCCUGAACUUGAAAAACUACAUGGCUUUUCAUGGCAGUUAGAUAUUAAACAGUAUUAAAUUUGAUUGUUGGGAGUCGGUUUAACAUAACACACUGGUGUUUUUUAGUAUAAUCCAUAUCCACUGCAUCUGUAGCAUAACAGAGUAGAAUUUCAACACAUUCCUGAUAUUAAACAUAUUCACUAGAAACUUACUUAUAAAGGGCAGUUGUUGAAUUCUGUCACUAAACAUUUAUACGCUGUAUUGCCAAAAGUAUUGGGACACCCCUCCAAAUUAUUGAAUUCAGGUGUUGUUUUUCAGGGGUUGGGCUCGGCCCCUUAGCUCCAGUGAAAGGAAUUCUUAAUGUUUCAGCAUACCAAGAUAUUUUGGAAAAUUUCAUGCUCCCAACUUUGUUGGAACAGUUUGGGGAUGACCCCUUCAUGUUCCAACAUAACUGUGCACCAGUGCACAAAGCAAGGUCCAUAAAGACAUGGAGGAGCGAGUUUGGUGUGGAGGAACUAGACUGGCUGCACAGAGUCCUGACCUCAACGUGAUAGAACACCUUUGGGAUGAAUUAGAGCAGAUACUGUGAACCAGGCGUUCUUGUCUAACGUCAGUGCCUGACCUCACAAGUCCGCUUCUAUAGAAAUGGUCAAAAAUUCCCAUAAACACACUCCUAAACAUUGUGUAAAGCCUUCCCAGAAGAGUGGAAGCUGUUAUAGUUUCAAAGGGUGGGCCAAUUUAUGUGCAUAUAAAUGCAGAUGUCCCAAAACGUUUGGCAAUCUGUUGAAGUGAACAGUACUAUUAAAAGUAGUACCAAAAGCCACUCUUUUGCGUUAUAUAACGCCGUUCCCAAACCUAAAGCAGUUCUGGUUCCCAAACAUCUCUUUAAGUAUUUCUGUGCUUAUCACUGAGCUGUAUUAACUAUGCUGAUAGCAUAACCACCAAUUUUCUCCAACUCCAAGUUUAAAUGACAAAUUCACUGAUUAUUUCUAGAAAAUAAAAAUUACUUAGACGCUUGUUUGGUAUAUAUACACAGUAUUUAUAUACAGUUCUCAAUAGGGUAUUUGAUUUUCUCUGUAGAAAGCAGUGUGUUGAAAUAACUCUCUGAAAUAUGCUACAGAUGUUGCGGAUAGAGAUCAGGACAGAAAAAUACCAGUGUAUACCUUUCCAAUAUAUAAAACAAAAUUCCCAGAUGUUUAAAAACUCCCAGUAUGCCUGAACGCUCUGGGAUUCUUUGCUCUCCUCUAAAAUAAAGAGAUCUGCUUCAACUGGUUAUGAACGAUGAAGGCUAAAGGAGGUGACAUUGAGACAUUUGCACAGCAAGACCAAGAAAUUCAGUAAAAGGAUUUUGCAGUGGAUUGCAUUUUUUUUUUUUUAGAAUAUGAUCACACAAAAAACUUGACAUCU